CAACAGAAGGGUAGAGUUAUGUUGUCUGCUACAUUUAGGAAUGUAUUUUCAAAUUGCAAUGCGUAAACGGACUUUUACAAUGUAAUUUAUUAAAUGCGGUGUUAAUUUUUUUCAAGUUUUAUAUGUUUUUCUUUCAAUACAAUUUUUAAAACGUACACAUCCAUUAUGAGCAUUUGUAAUAUUAGUCGUUUGAGGAAUAACUUAUGUUUCCCGUUGUAUGCAAUCAUAGCACAUCAUUUUAGAAACCAACACUGUAGAAGAAAUUUAUUACUUCUACAGAAACGAUCUUUUUCUCGUACGCAAGUUCGAAAUUCAUUUUAUGAAAAAGAUAAUAGAGGUGCAGGGUAUGAAGUGUAUCCCGACGCAACUUUGAUGGAGCAUUUCAGAGAUGGCCGGAAGAUAUUCAUUGAAGAAUGCAAAUUAUUUUUGAAAGAAGUUAAAGAAAAAUUUGAACAAGAUCCGAAAUUAUACGAGCAUGGUGAUACAGACGUGUUCUUCAGGUUCGAUUCUGAGGAAUGCUUGAAGAACUGGAGAGUGUCUUCUGAUAAAAGUUUCAACGAAGGGUAUAGUGAAUGUAAUUUAAUAGUAAAUGACAAUCGCAAGGGUGUGUUUUAUGGAACUAUUGAUACAUCACCUCCUAAAGAUGAAAAAAUAGAUACUGGUUAUUGUGCUAUAAAAUCUGUAAGAAAAAGAAGAUCAUUUCUGCGUGAUGAUACUUUUUUCUGGUCAUGCUUUACGCACUUAGAGUUACGAGUAAGAGGAGAUGGUCGGAAUUAUGCUAUUAAUUUAGGUCUAGGAAUGUACUUUGAUGUUACUUGGUUUGAUAUGUUCACAUAUACAUUUCAUACUCAUGGUGGUCCAUAUUGGCAAGUCAUACGGAUACCAUUUUCAAAAUUUUUCUUAACAUCGAAAGGAAGAAUACAAGACAAGCAAAGUCAGAUACCUUUAAAUAAAGUAAACAGUGUGGGGAUUACAGCUGCUGCUGUUCCUGGACCUUUUAGAUUAGAGAUAGAUUACAUUGGUUGUCAUCUUGAUCGUACACACAAGGAAAAAACUGCUUAUGAACUGUACACUACGCCUAAAUACUAUGUUUCCAAUUAAUAAAUUGUUUUAUAUGAAAAAGUGUAAAUUCUUUAGGGUGCACUAUAUGUGCUCAUGUUAUCUCAAAUGUGCAUCUUUAUUAAAUGCUUAUGUUAUUCCAGGAUUAGCAAUAAAUAUGAAAUUUAUUUAAA